AGAUUUGUUCAGUAUCCUUCUUAUUGUGUGUUGUUUAUAAUUCAUAAAAAUAUCAGUAUUAAAAUGUUUGAAAGAAAGAAUUUGAACAAGUCAAGCUGAUGUGAUUGUAAUUACACGAUGUGUCGUGCCUUCUCACUGGAACACGUUUGGUGCGUAAGUCAAGGUUGAUGUUUUAAAAGGAGCACCAUACAUGCAGAUUAGAGAGCAGACUGGUUUUAAUGAGCAGUGAUAUUUUUAAUUGAACAGAUAAAACAAUCAAGUCUCAGUUUUCAGCAGGAUGUAAUGUGUAUCUAUCUAUCAAAACGAAAGAAAAACAAAACUUGGCUCAUUUGUUUAACCGGUUAUCAAACAAGUUGGCCAGCUUUGGCCGAACAACACACCUCUUUUAAGGGCAUUGUCAAUUAUAUAACAAGUCAAGAAGUGGCAUAUGAACUUAUUCACACACACUGACAGGGUUGUUGUUCUGACUCGUCUUUCCUCUAGAGACCACCUCACUUUUGAUAACAUGGACGAGUCAAACAGAAGAAUUGUCAUCUUGGGAAAAACUGGAGCUGGGAAAAGCAGCCUGGCUAACACUAUAUUUGGAAAGAAAAUGUUCAAGAUCAAUCAUACUUUCAACUCUGGAACAAGUGAAUGUGAAGCAAAGACCAAAUCUGUCAAUGGAAGAAGCAUCACUCUGAUCGACACGCCUGGUUUCUUUGACACAGAAAGAUCUGAGGAGAAGCUGAAGACUGAGAUAGUGAGGUGUAUCACAGAGUGCGCUCCUGGGCCUCAUGCUUUUCUCAUUGUGCUUAAAGUGGAGAAAUUCACAGAGCUGGAGCAGGCUGUCAUUAACAAAAUAAAUGAAUACUUUUCUGAAGAAGCCUUCAAAUAUGCAACAGUUGUCUUCACUCAAGGUGAUCAGCUCCCUGAAGGACAGACAAUUGAGGAUUACGUCCACCAGAAUAAGCUUGUGAGUGAUCUGGUGAAGAAGUGUGGAGGUCGGUGCCUCAUCAUUGAUAAUAAAUACUGGAAUCAAAACCCAAACCAUGAAUACAGGAGCAACCAACUACAGGUGGAGGAGCUACUUAAGACAAUAGACAAAAUAAUUGAGGCAAACAAUGGAAGGUGCUACACUAAUCAGAUAGUAGAAGCAGUGGAGAUAGAGAUAGAACAAGAGGAGGAGAACAUUAGACUGUUACCAGGAAACAUGUCAGAGGAAGAGAUCAGGGAGCAGGCUAAGGGCAGAGUGUUUGAGAAGCUUGUAAGGGAACUGGCAGGUAUUCUAACAGGUGCAUUGUUAGGAGCUUUCUUUGGUGUAGUAGUGGUGGUUGGAGGAGUUGCCACAGUUUUAAGGGAAUCUUCAGAGCCAGUACAAUUACGUGGAGCUAUAGCCGAAACAGCAACAGUUAUAGGAAGAAAUGUAUGUGCAGGAACAUCAAUAGGACAAGUACCGGUAGUAGGAGCAACAAUAGUGGCAGCAGCUGGACUGCCAUUACUCACAAUAAUAGCGGCACUUGCUGCAACAGGAGCGAUGAAAGGAGUUCUUAUAGGACAUGAUGCAAGUCAGGGGGCAGACAAACCAAGGGAGGCUGCAGAAAGGACAAUGGAGGCUGUCAAGAACGAAGCUCAAUCUGCCUUAAAUGAAACACAUUCUGUUUUGAAUAAGAUGUCACAGACAAAGAAAAAAACACCACUCGUCUAGUUUCUUCUUAAUGCUAGGAAGAAGAGGUUGAGGUGAGGGGGUUUCAGUCUGCAACUACACCUCUGGAUGCCACUAAACCCUACACACUGGUCCUAUAUUGUAAUGUGUUCAUGGUGACAUCCAUUACACUGUUAAACAUUUAACUAUAUUGUAUUUUUAUUUACUCUGUGUAUUUUCCUUUGAGAAAGUAAGUGACUUGUUUUAUUCUACAGCUCUGAUUCGUUACAAAGAUCAGCCGUAAAUAAAGUCAUAAAGUUUAUUUGUCUUUACAAUGAGAAGUUUAUGUCUGACUGUUUUCUUAUAAGUCAGUUCUGGUCACACCAGGGGCACGGCAAGAAAAGUGUUGUUCUAUCUUUUACUCUUUGUGGGUGUGAGGGGCCGUUCAGCUGAAAUACUUGAUGUUUCUACUAAUAUGUUUCUACAUAUUCUGUACAUAUUUACUUCGCUGAAUAAAUCAAACAGAAAGACAAUACUGGAGUGACUUUGUUCAUUUGUCCAUCCCCCACUGGAAUUUCCAGUGUUAAGGCGAGACAUGACAGGCAAACAGUCCGACCACAAAGGCUACAAUUCCUCAAAUCACUGCCCUCAACUUCCUGCAAAGAUUUGCUGACCUGGCCUAUACCGCCCAACUUGUCUUGUGCAAGAAAACGGAAUGCAGGAACCAGUUCCAGGUAAAGAAGCUACUUAAGACAAUAAACAAAAUGGUGCAGGAAAACAAUGGAAGCUGCUACACCAGUGACCCACACGACGUAGGGUGAUGUUUGUUCAUUUGUCCAUCUCCCACUAGAAUUUCCACAGUGUUAAGGCGAGACAUGACAGGCAAACAGUCCGACCAUAAAGGCUACAAUUCCUCAAACCUGAUCACGGUGUCGGUGCUCACUGCCCUCAACUUCCUGCUUUACUUUGCUUACCUGGCCUAUACCGCCCAACUUGUCUUCGUCACAGUCUGAAAAGAAAAUACAAACGAGGGAGACACAUUAAGAGAUGAAGAACAGAGAAAAAAGGGUUGUAAUGCUGUUAAAAUCAAAUAAAGUCAGCACACUGGAACGUGGUUGAACAACAGGAGAGAAGGUGUUUACUGUAUCUGAGAUACAUGUGCU